AUGGGGGGCUUCGGGGCGGUGUGGAGCGCCCUGGACGGGACGUGGCGGUGGCCGAGGCUGCUGCUGGUGCUGAGCUUGUUGCUGCAGCGUUACCUGGGCUCUGUGUUGGACUGCCCGCCUACCUGCAGCUGCUCGUCCACCGACAUAUUCUGCAACAAGUCGGACAACAGCAAGUUCUUCCCGCUGCUGUCCUUUCAGGGCCACAGCUCCAACAGCAGCGGGGGCAUCGAGGAGCUCUUUCAGAACAUCACCUCCAUAUACAUAGAGAACUGGACAGGUCUGCAGAAUUUGAGAGAUGUGGACAUGGAGCUGUACACCGGCCUACAGAGACUAACCAUCACAAGGAGCAACCUGCAUUACCUUCAAGCUCGUGUCUUCUCCAAGAACCCUCAGCUGCGCUACAUAAACUUGUCGAAGAACCCCAUGUUGACCACACUGUCCUGGCAGGUCUUUGAUCAGCUGCAGCUUUUUGAACUGCAUUUGGAGGACGUGGUGUUUGAAUGUGGCUGUGGCAUCCGGUGGCUGCAGCUAUGGCAACAGAGAGGGGAGGCGGGGCUGGGCAGUCAGGAGCUGUACUGUGAAAACGACUAUGGGAAAAUGCUACUGCAGGACAUGAACAUCAGCGGGUGUGAGCUGCCAGACAUCAGUGUGAGCCACAGUAACCUGACUGUGGUGGAGGGCGACCGUGUCAUUGCCACCUGUAAUGGGACAGGUUCUCCAUUACCUGAGGUGGACUGGCCUGUGCAUGGACUUAAGUCGAUCAUCGGCGCACAAGAGGCCACGUUUUAUGAGAACACUCACUCGAUCAACAUCACUCUGGUGAAUGUGAGUCGAGAUGACAACAACUUCUUAUUGACCUGCAUCGCCACUAACAUCGUGGGAAUGACCAAUGCCUCAGUCCAGCUCACUGUGCACUUUCCUCCAACCAUAGUGAGGCUGAGAGAGCCCGAGCGUCGCCAUGACACCUGCAUAGAGUUCACUGUGCGGGGCUCUCCUCACCCAUCCCUGCGCUGGUUUUACAACGGAGAGGAAAUCUCUCACUCUGAGUUUGUACGUCCAGACAUGGAUUUUUUCCAGGAUUACAUUGAGGGCUGUCUCACUUUUAAAAACCCAACUCACCACAACAACGGCAACUACACCUUAGAAGCCAUCAACUAUCUGGGCGUGGCCAACAGCACUGUGUAUGGGCACUUCCUCUCCCAGCCUUUUGAAGAUGAAAUGGACUAUGACUACGUUACUCCUACUCCAGAGAUUCACAAGCCAGAUGACACCUUUGGCGUGUCCAUUGCCGUGGGUCUGGCCUGUUUUGCCUGUGUGAUGCUGGUAGUUCUGUUCCUGCUCAUCAACAAAUAUGGACGCCGAUCUAAGUUUGGCAUGAAAGGUCCUGUUGCAGUUAUAAGUGGGGAGGAAGACUCUGCCAGUCCUCUUCAUCAUGUUAACCAUGGCAUCAUGAGUCCCUGCACACUGGACCCCUCCUCGGACGCAGUGGUGAUUGGAAUGACCAGGAUUCCCGUCAUAGAAAACCCACAGUACUUCAGACACGGACACAACUGCAACAAACCCACCACCUAUGUUCACCAUAUUAAACGACGGGACAUCAUUUUGAAGAGGGAACUGGGAGAAGGAGCAUUUGGCAAAGUGUUUCUGGCAGAAUGUUACAACCUGAGCCCCACUAAAGACAAGAUGCUUGUAGCAGUCAAGACUUUGAAAGAUCCAACUCUUGCGGCAAGGAAGGAUUUCCAGCGGGAGGCGGAGCUGCUGACCAACCUGCAGCACGAGCACAUAGUGAAGUUCUAUGGCGUGUGUGUGGACGGGGACCCGCUCAUUAUGGUCUUUGAGUACAUGAAGCAUGGAGACCUCAACAAGUUUCUCAGAGCUCAUGGGCCGGAUGCCAUGAUCCUGGUGGACGGGCAGCCGCUGCAGACCAACGGGGAGCUGGGCCUGUCCCAGAUGCUGCACAUUGCCAGUCAGAUCGCUGCAGGGAUGAUCUACUUAGCAUCCCAGCACUUCGUCCACCGAGACUUGGCCACCAGGAACUGUUUGGUGGGCAACGGCCUUCUGGUGAAGAUAGGAGACUUUGGCAUGUCCCGAGAUAUAUACAGUACAGAUUAUUAUCGGGUGGGGGGUCACACCAUGCUGCCUAUUCGAUGGAUGCCUCCAGAAAGCAUCAUGUACCGAAAGUUUACCACUGAGAGCGACGUCUGGAGCUUUGGCGUCAUUCUGUGGGAGAUCUUCACUUACGGCAAACAGCCCUGGUUUCAGCUCGCAAACAACGAGGUGAUCGAGUGCAUAACUACAGGCAGAGUGCUGGAGCGGCCACGGGUCUGUCCCAAAGAGGUGUAUGACAUGAUGCUGGGCUGUUGGCAAAGAGAGCCCCAGCAAAGGCUCAACAUUAAGGACAUUCAAAAGAUGCUGUUCACUCUCAUGAAGGCCACGCCCGUCUACCUGGACAUACUGGGAUAGACAUUGGUAUAGACACUGGAAAUGACAGUUGUUUUUUUUUGGCUUUCUGGAGUCAGGGUUACUUGGAUGCUCACAAGUUUUGGACCAGACUUCAAGAACGGGCAGGUAACUGAAAAUGAGACCGAUUUCCCUCCAACUUCAGGAGAGAGAGAACUGAAAUGGACUCAAGAAUCAGGAUUACAUUGCAAGGAUAUGCCCAUGUGGUACUGUGGUAUGAUUACUAGUUUGGUUACUAGUAUUUUAAGCUAUGAAGACAUUUUCUAGCAUGGACUAUUCAGCAGGAUUGGGUAAAAAUGAUUGUCUGACUCUUCUCAACACCUGUUUCCCAUACCUAUGCAUUCAUACUUCACUAGUUCACUAGAAUGGGUUUUUUUCUUUUCGCAAAUUCUGUUAUUACUUCACCACCCACAGCAAGUUUACAAAGAACAUUUAUUGUUUUGAUGUCUGAAAUUUAGUCAAGCCUCCUCGUGUCCUCGUGUAUUUCUCCAGUUAAAGAGCAAAACAC